AUGCUAUUGACCGGAAAAUCAUCUUCAAGAGGACUACUAUUGGGUUGCUGUCUGUUAGGGUCUUAUUUAAUUUGUGAAAAGAAGUUCCUAAAUACCAUAGAUAGGGCUGAAAAUACAUAUCAUUUACAAAAUCCUAGUAAGAUCUUCCUUGCUAAAACUAUAUUUGGAAAAGUACGUUCAAGAAUCUUGGGACAUAUACUAAAUACUGAAAUCCCAAUUUCAUAUAGGAGACCAAUAUAUAAGCUUUUAAUUGGUCAAUUUUGGAACCCUUGGGGACUUUAUAGAAAUAAAGAUGGAACAAAGUUAAAGGAAUUUGGAUAUUCCGAAAAAGUGGAAUACUUUGAAGAAACGUUACCACAACCUCUAGAGAACUACAAAUCACUUGGUGAAUUAUUCUCAAGAUCUAAAAGAUUAUCUGAUAUAUCAAUUAAGGACUACUCACUAUCUUCCAUUGUGAGCCCUUGUGAAGGGAAAGUUGUUGAAUUAGGAGAUGUCUUGUCUGAUCAGUGUAUUCAGGCUAAACAUGCAACAUUCAGCAUAUCUGCAGUUAUUAAAGACAAAUUGCCAGAAAAUAAGAGUAAUUCAAAAUUAGUUUUUAUUACCUUAUAUCUGAGUCCACACAACUAUCACCACUUCCAUGCUCCUUCUGACUUCAAAGUUUACGAAGUAAAACAUAUUACUGGAGAAUGUCUUCCUGUAUUUAAAGGUCUCGCGUCACGGCUUAACGAUUUAUUCUCAGUGAAUGAAAGGGUUGUUUUAAAAGGCACCUGGAGUGAAGGAGAAAUUUACUAUGUAGCUAUAGCUGCUUAUGGAGUAGCAGAUAUACGUCUAAAAAAUUUUCCUGAUCUUAGAACCAAUUCACCUAAGACUGUUCCUGUAUAUAUAGGAGAGAGCUGUGCUGCACAUUCUGAGGAUAUUUAUAAAGUUAACAUUAAGUUUAAGAAGGGUGAAGAGAUUGGAGAAUUUAGACUGGGAAGUACAAUAAUACUAUUAUUUCGAACUAGUAAAAACUUUAGAUUUGUAGUAAAUAAAGAGGAUUACGUCUCAGUAGGAUCAUUAUUAGGGAAAGUGGAAGAUAAAGGUGAUAUUAGUAAAGUUGGGGCUUAA